AUGGGCCGCAUCAUGCAAGCAUGCUCUGGCUCUGCGGCCUGGAUCAUCGGGUUUGCGACCUUAGCAGAUAAAGUGGGCCAGGAGCACAUGGGCAAGGUCCUCGGGCUCGCAAUGUCCUUUGUAACGGCCGGCACGACUUUGGGACCGGUGGUCUCCGGUGCACUACUUCAGUUGGCCGGGUAUUGGACUGCGUGGUCUGCUCCUCUCGUCUUACUGGCCUUGGAUUCUAUGGCUCGUAUGCUUAUGCUCGAGAAAGAGAAUGCUGAUGAAGAACCCACGACUUCAAAUGAAGAACGAGCGUCUUUGCUCGCUUCUACGAGACCUGAGUUCGAGAUGCCUGAUCAGCCAAGUCACGUAUCUAUUAUUAGACUCUACGGUGUCCUGAUCAGUGAUGCUCGCAUUAUCACUGGUCUGCUGAAUACGUUUGCGUUCUCUGUUAUUCUGUCUGGCUUCGAUGCGACGCUCCCUCUUCAUUUACAGGAUGUUUUUGGGUGGAACAGUUUACCGAUCGGACAUCCAUGGGCUGGCUCAGAAGGAUAUGGAGAAGCCAUAUUCACCGGAGGAAUUGUUGGAAUUGGUGCUGCUUCGCCGUUAGUUCGCGGUGCAGGAAUGUUUCAGUUGACGGGUUUGUCGCCCUACUCUUCCCUCGAUAAGCAAGUGCUGAUGAAAUAUUAG